GCGGGGCCGGGGAGGGCCCUCGCGGGGUCAGCUCCGCCCACCCUCCCCGGCCUCCGCCCGCUUCCUGGGUCAGCGGCGCGGGUGCUGCGCCUAGCUGCGCGCCAUGGCCGGGUUGCUGGCGUUGCUGGGCCCGGCAGGCAGGGUGGGCGCCCGGGUCCGGCCUCGCGCCACCUGGCUCCUGGGCGCCACCGCCCCCUGCGCCCCGCCGCCCCUGGCCCUGGCCCUGCUGCCGCCCAGGCCAGACCCCCGGCUGCUCCGCACGGCGCGCAGGGACUGCCGCGGCCACCAGGACCCCAGCCAGGCCACGGAGACAACAGGCAGCAGCGUCAGCUGCACAGAAGAGAAAAAGCAAAGCAAGACACAGCAACUGAAAAAGAUUUUUCAAGAGUAUGGCACUGUUGGCGUGUCAUUGCACAUUGGAAUCUCAUUAAUCUCCUUGGGCAUAUUUUACAUGGUUGUGUCAAGUGGUGUGGACAUGUCUGCAAUCCUGCUGAAACUCGGAUUUAAAGAGUCCCUGGUACAGUCAAAAAUGGCAGCAGGCACAAGUACCUUCGUGGUGGCCUAUGCAAUCCACAAGCUGUUUGCGCCAGUGAGAAUCAGCAUUACGCUAGUCUCUGUGCCCUUGAUUGUCAGAUAUUUUCGAAAAGUGGGAUUUUUUAAACCUCCAGCUGCAAAACCUUAAUGAACUCUUCAGUCGUACACACUGAAAACCUAUUUCUUCUAAAUUACACAAUUUGGAUUGGUUUUAGGGUUUUAGGGUUGUAGGGUUUCUUUUGGAGAGGUAGGAGGCUAAUUGCUAUGUUCUCAUGGAUAAACUUUGCCAGCAAAAAUCAGGCUUUUGAACAAUUUUAAUUUUUUGCCUCAUAAAUUUUGUGAAUGCUAUUCAUUAUAGGGCUUGUAUAUAUAAUCUAAAAUGUCAGCAAGACAUCGCAGAUGGGUUAACGUCUCAAAACAAAAUAGCCUACAAAUGUUCCUUGUGGGAGAUUUUGGCGAGGGUCUGUCUGUAAAAGCUCCAGGGGGUUAAUCUUGGCUCAGUUUCCUAAAAAGCAAUGAUUAAUUUAACUGGCUUUUAAAUAUCCCCUUCCGCUGAUAUUUGUUGUCAGCUGCCUACAGUUCAAUAUGCAGUGUUCACAAAACAGCUGCCAGUGCUACAAUUAAUGAAGCAAAACUUAAUAUGUAAUCACAAUCUAAAUUAGCAUCAAUACUUUGACAUUCAUUACAUUUGUUUUGGGGGAAGAAAAGUAUUUCUGAUAUGUUUCAUUGAUCCCCAAACACCUUCCAAUCUGGACAUGAUGGGGCUGAUUCCAGAUGGUUUUUCUGAAAUUUCAUUAAGGUAGGUCAGUGUCAUUUGUCUCUGUUUAGGUAAAAUAUAAAAACCCUGCCCAGUAGCAGUGGCAUCGCUUGGUUCCUGAUGCCCAUGUUCCAGAGGAAUUUGGAUACCACAAACAGCUAAGACGAUUUUAGCUUUUCUAAGACAAUCUUCUAUCUCAAACUUCAGACAUUCCAGAAUUGUCAUGAUGUUUACACUGUCUCAUUGAGUUAAAAAUCCUGUUCAAGAAAAAAAAUAUUUUGUAUCACUUCUCAAAAAGGAAUAUUCGUAGCACUUGUCACAAAUAGAAGGCAACUAUGAGAUAAUACAAGCCAGGGAGAGGCUUGUAUUACGCGGCAGGUGUAAUUAGUCUACUGAGCCAGCUUUACCCAAUGAAGGGCAUGUGUGUUAGAGAGAUUAGCUAAGAGUAGAAAUUCAAGCAUAGAGGCGAGGUGCGGUGGCUCACGCCUGUAAUCCCAGCAUUUGGGAGGUUGAGGCAGGCGGCUCACUUGAGGCCAGGAGUUCGAGACCAGCCUGGCCGACAUGAUGAAAUCCCAUCUCUACUAUAAAUACAAAAAUUAGCCGGGUGUGGUGGCACACACCUGUAGUCCCAGCUACUGGAGAGGCUGAGGCAGCAUUGCUUGAACCCAGGAGGUGGAGGUUGCAGUGAGCCAAGAUCACACCACUGCACUCCAGCCUGGGCGACAGAGGGAGACACUGUCUCCAAAAGAAAGAAAUCCCAGCGUAGAUCCAAACUGAGACACUGAGACUUCGUCCUUAUAGUAGUCAGGAGCAGGCGAUUGAAGUAAUUCUGUCCUGCGGGGUUCGGCUUCAUGCACGUUCCCCCUGGGCCAUUCGCUGAUGCAGGGCACUUGCUCCACACUCUGGGAACCCAGAUUCACCAGUCUGCCCUGUCACGUAGGUGAAGGAGUUGCAUUUAUCUUUCUGGCUCCCAAUUCCUUUAAAAUUACAUUUGUUGCAGAACCUCCACAAGGCUAAAUAAAAUAAAAUUACAUUUGUGACCAUCAGAGAACUGAAGAAACAAUUAACUGGCCGUCCUGGUUUUGCAGAGAUCGGGUUGUUGACAGUUCCUGGUUGGCCCACAGCUACCCAUGUCAGUUAUCUCCACUAACAUUUCCAAGAAUCUUUGUAGGACAAUUUCUCCACCUGCAAGGUCUUUCAAGUAGAACUCUUCUUUCUUUUAAGGCAAUUAGCCCAUUGCCAAAAGGUUUAACUGUCUUAAAGCUGUCUUUCUGAGAUCUAAUUCCAAGGACUUCUCCACAGCUAAGUGUGAGAUCCCUCACACCAGUAUUAGGUGAUUCUAUGGACAGAACAGAGCAUUUUCAUCUUGUGUUUAAAGCAAUUUCUUGGCUUCGGCUCCUCACCACUUUCUAUGCCAGUCUCCCAUUUACGUCCCUAGUAAUGCCUAUGCAAAAAACAAAAAAAGAAAAAGCUGAUGGUGAAACCUGCGGGUUUAAGGGCUUAAAUCUCAAACUUUGUUAGGAGUAACAGGAGUGUGCUGAGAGGGCAAGCAAUAAGACAAAUCAUACCAAAAAGCCACAGUGCUCUCUCCUAAGCCCCAACCCCACUCCACUCCUGUAGCCAGUGGUCCAAACGGAAAAUAACCGAAGAAGACAAGGAGGUCAAAGGAUCAGGGAACUAAGCAUUAUGUGAAUUCACCAGCAAGAUGUACAGAAUGCUUGUGUUUACACUGUUUUUAUGGAACUAGCAGAAUAAAACUGAUCUAUUUUAAAAAUGAAA